GCGGCAUUUCAGCAGGGAGAUUUACACAAGAAAUGACUGGAUUUGUGGGUGCAACAGGAAGAAUGCCGUUUUCUGCUUUCCUUGCAUACUUUUCGGCGGUAGGUGUUACAGAUUUAGUGCACCUGAGUAAAAAAUUAAGAAGCAUGAAAACUCUAAAACACAUCUUCAUAAUUCGAUGGAAUUGGCUUUAUUGGGGACUGUUAACAUCAGAGCUCAGUUAGAUUCAGCUUAUUGGAGAAAUAUACAACAGCAUAAUGAUACCUUUACAAAAAA